UUUGUGCCGAUUCUUUCAGUUGACAUCUCACACUUCUUUCUCGGUUCUGAAUCUGGCAGUUUUAUUUUUGCCCACCUCGCCAAUUCCUCUUUGCUCGCAAAAGCCAAGGUAAUUGCAACUCCUUUGACAACAGUAAAACUGAGGCGAGCAUCUAGUAUCACGCUAAUAGGGGUCAGCAACAUGAACCCAGUAAAUUGUUUCAGUAUGAGCACAACUAACAUGAUGCAUUCAUUCCUGCUUCCAUAUCUCCUCUUCUGCUGGCUAUUCUCAUACCAAGUCAUAGGCCAUAACCAAGUGGCAUCUAAGACAUGUCUCUAUGUCUUGACCAUAUGUGCAGUCGGUCUCAAGGCUCCAAAAUCACUGAGAAAUAUAUUCUCCCAACUCUCUCGACAAAACAUAUCCCGUGCGCGGUUCAGAUCCCUCGUUGUUGGGUAUUGA